AUGACCUCAUAUGAAUGCUUGUUACCUGUUAAUGGAGGGUGGAAGAACGAUGUCACCAAUUGGCUUUCUGAAGAUGUCCCAUCUUUCGAUUUUGGAGGAUAUGUGGUAGGGACCGACCAAAAGACUUCUACGCUGUUGAUGAAAUCGAAUGGUGUGCUAAGUGGUGUUCCAUUUGCUACAGAAGUCUUUCGACAAUGCAAUUUGGCCGUUGAGUGGCAUUUCCAAGAAGGUACAUAUAUUGAUGUUUCGAAAUCAAAUAACUGUAAGGUUUCAGUUGCUACUGUCUCAGGUAAGGCAAAAGAUAUUCUCCUAGCCGAAAGAACCUCUCUAAAUAUUUUGAGUAGAGCCUCCGGUAUUGCAUCUGCAUCUAGUAAGAUUAUUGGAUUGGCUCGUAAAAGUGGUUACACUGGGAUCAUUGCUGGUACAAGAAAGACUACACCUGGUUUACGUAGAUUAGAAAAAUAUUCUAUGCUGAUAGGUGGUUGUGAUUCCCAUCGUUACGAUUUGUCCUCGAUGGUGAUGUUAAAGGAUAACCAUAUUUGGUCUCGCGGUUCUAUUACAAACGCUGUCAUUGAUGCAAGAAGGGUCUGUGGGUUUGCCGUUAAGAUUGAAGUAGAGUGUCAAUCGGAAACUGAGGCAGAUGAGGCCAUCACUGCAGGUGCAGAUAUUAUUAUGUUGGAUAACUUUGAACAUGAUGAUUUGAAACUAUGCGCAAAAUCUUUGAAACAGAAAUGGGUGGGUAGGAAACAUUUCAUGUUAGAAUGUUCUGGUGGUUUGACUUUGGAAAAUAUUGACAGUUUCUUAUGCAGUGACAUCGAUAUCUACAGUACUAGUUCAAUUCAUCAAGGUGUCUCAGUUGUCGAUUUUUCAUUAAAACUAGAUCAUUGA